GAACAACUUUCAUAGACUUUCACGUUGUACUUCACUGCUUCUGAGGAGGGGUAAAUGUCUGAAAAGAAACUGGAAUUGUCUUCUGAAAUCCUGUAAAAAGGUACAUGGGAAUCAGAUUUCUGUACUCAGAUAAAACAGCUCUGGAGCAAAGAUCAUAGAUGUAGCCAUGAUGGAAAAGAAACUUUUCAAAGCUCAUAAACGAGGAGAGACACGUGCCCUGUGUUUGGGAUAUGGACUAAUUGUUUGCUCUAUAAUGAUGCACAUUCUUUUGGUAUUUACUGCAGUGCCAUUACACAUGAAAAGUGUGUGGAGUGAAAAAUCAUUAUGCACUGUUUCUAGAAUCACCUUCAAGGACAAUUUUCCAUGUACCUAUACCAGUAAUUCAGAAAGUGAAAGAAAAUCAUUAUAUCCAUGUUUGGUGGUACAAGUACAUUUGAAUAAUUCACAAAGCGUAUUCAUGCUGUAUGAAACAGAGGAAACCCAGGAAAUCAAUGAAGAGUGCACUUACAUACCUAAGUGUGGCAAAAACUACACCGAAACAAAAAAGGAUGUUGACGACAUAGAGAAAAACUUCAAGGAAGCUGAUUCUUUCGGGUGUUACUAUGAUCCCAAAGGAAGAAUGGAGAGUAUCAUCUUGAGAAGAAAAUUUGGAACAGGAGAUCUUGUGUCAUGCUUUUUAUGGCCUACAUUAAUGUUUACUCUUGGACUUUUCAUAAUUUUGCUGGUAAAAAUAAGCCAGUUUUUCUCCAGAAUUUCAGUGGUAUCCAAAACAUGAAAUCUGUGAUUGAAUGUAGUCUCUAUCAACACAGAAUUUAGCAGUUUGGAUUAAUUUUGUCAACUUCACUGCCAGCUGUUAUAUUCAAAAUACUCUUUUCGGUCCCGCCCAUGCUUUAUAUCCUUUUUUAACUUUUAUUACUUUGUAAACAGUGUUGCAAAAAAGUAUUUGCUCAGACUGCACUGCAUUGCCACACAGUUAAAUUAAAAUUAGUUGGAUGACCUGAAACAUUGCAAUGUGACAAAUAAGGAA